AUGUCAUCAAACACAGACAAACCAGGCCAAGCGCCCGGGACAUCAUUCGUCCCCGCCGACUCCAAAAUCAACCACGAAGCCUCCAUCAAAUACUGGAGCAGCUUAGCAAGCACAAACAGUAACAUGCUAGGCAUGCUGGGCACAUAUCCAUGGUAUACACGAAUUGAACUCCAAGGAUCAAAGAACUUCCUCACAAAAGUGCGGCGAUUACUACCUGGUCUCCCGGCAAGCGGGAAGUUCGCUCUCGGCGCGGACUGUGGCGCCGGCGUGGGACGCGUUACAGAGGGCUUUCUAUCACAUGUCUGCGACGUCGUCGAUGCGGUCGAACCAGUCCGCAAAUUCACGGACGUUUUGGCGAACUCUCAGCUCAAGACUGACGGUGUUGUUGGCGAUAUAUACACUGUUGGCUUGGAGAAUUGGUAUCCCGAGAAGAAAUACGAUCUCAUUUGGACGCAGUGGUGUGUGGGUCACUUAACGGAUGCGCAAUUGAUUGAUUAUAUUGUGCGGUGCCGGGGCUCGCUUGCUGAGAAUGGGUUGGUUGUUUUGAAGGAGAAUUUGUCGACGGAUCGGCUGGGGCUGGAUAUGUUUGAUGAGGAGGAUAGCAGUGUGACUCGGACUGAUGAGAAGUUCAGGCAGAUUUUUGAGGCGGCCGGCAUGGUUGUUAUCAAGUCGGAGAUUCAGACGGGGUUUCCGAAGCAGUUUAAGUUGCUUCCGGUUAAAUCGUAUGCGCUGCGGCCAAAGUCUUGA